UGCCACUGCCACUGCGUUAUUGUAUUUUGGGCUUUACUAUAUAAGAUAACAACAGCCAGGAAGAAAUCUUAUUCUUAAAUAACCCAUUUUGUAACUACAAAAACCAUAAAGAUUAUUUGUAUACACAAAAAUGACUUGUGUAAAACAAAAUGAGAUCGUGUAUUUCAAUAACACAUUUUAUAACAAAAACCAUGAAGAAUAUUUUCGCAAUCAUUCAUAGAUAUGUAGACAUGUGCAUCUUUUAUUGUCAAAUUCCAACAAUGUGAACAACAUACAACUAUCGAUAGUAUUGACAAAAAUUUAAUAGUGGCGGCAAAAUGAAACCAUCGGUACCAUCGAUAGUUAUCUAUCACAACUGCAAUGCCGGAUGCCGGGAGUAGGGUUGCAAUAACUAUUCUCGGGAAAAGUUACAUGACAGGUGCGAAACAGCUGAUAGACGCGAAACGCCAACUGUAGGUUGACAAAAAAAUAUAAAUUAGUGCUUCGGUAAUUUAUUAAUUAGGAAAGUAAUUGAUUAUUUAUAAAUUAUCCCAUCAUGGACUACGACUUCAAAAUGAAAACACAAAUGGAACGAACAAAAGUAGAAGAUCUCUUCAAUUAUGAAGGUUGCAAGGUUGGGCGUGGCACGUACGGCCAUGUUUACAAGGCGAAAUGGAAGGAGCGCACUGAUGGUAAAGAAUAUGCACUGAAGCAGAUUGAUGGUACUGGUUUGUCCAUGUCAGCGUGUCGAGAAAUAGCGCUGCUUCGUGAGUUAAAACAUCAAAAUGUAAUAACUCUCAUUCGCGUAUUUUUGUCCCACAACGACCGCAAAGUAUUUCUCCUAAUCGACUAUGCCGAACAUGAUCUGUGGCACAUCAUAAAAUUUCAUAGAGCUGCUAAAGCUGCCAAGAAGCAAGUUAUUGUGCCUAGAGGUAUGGUUAAGAGUUUACUAUAUCAAAUUCUAGAUGGCAUACAUUAUCUACACAGUAACUGGGUUCUUCAUCGCGAUUUAAAACCAGCUAACAUUCUGGUAAUGGGCGAUGGUAAUGAACGGGGCCGCGUAAAGAUUGCAGAUAUGGGUUUUGCACGUCUAUUUAAUGCUCCACUAAAACCAUUAGCUGAUCUAGAUCCAGUGGUUGUAACGUUCUGGUAUCGGGCACCUGAAUUGCUUCUGGGUGCUCGCCAUUACACAAAAGCUAUUGAUAUUUGGGCAAUCGGUUGCAUUUUCGCCGAAUUACUAACAUCGGAACCAAUAUUCCAUUGCAGACAAGAGGAUAUAAAAACUAGUAAUCCUUAUCACCACGAUCAACUGGAUCGAAUUUUCAACGUAAUGGGAUUUCCUCAAGACAAGGACUGGGAGGAUAUUAAGAAAAUGCCGGAGCAUCAUACAUUAACGAAAGAUUUUAAGCGCUCCACUUAUUCAACGUGCUCACUUGCCAAAUAUAUGGAACGUCAUAAAAUAAAGCCAGACAGUAAAGCAUUCCAUCUUUUGCAAAAACUAUUACUUAUGGAUCCCAAUAAGCGCAUAACUUCAGAACAAGCUAUGCAAGAUCCCUACUUUCAAGAGGAUCCAUUGCCAACUCAAGAUGUAUUCGCUGGCAUGCCUAUUCCAUAUCCAAAGAGGGAAUUUUUAACUGAUGACGAUCAAGAAGAUAAGGCGGAAACUAAACGUCAACAACAACAGCAACAGCAGCAACAACAACAGCAGGAGCCAAGCGCUAAACGAGUGCGUUUAUCUGGACCCCCCGGUACAGGACAGCAGCAGCAGCAAGUGCAACAAACACAAGACUUUCAUCAUCAACAACAACAGCAGCAACAAAUGAUGUUUAAUCAGCAACAAAGUUUUCAGCAACGUUUUUAAAUAUGUAUAAUAACCAACUCGAGAACAUAAAUAUAUAAGGGCUGUUUAGGACGUUGUGCAU